UGAUAAAAAUACAAUUUAAAUGACAAAUCACAUCCCUUCUAGAUUUAUGAAUUUUUUACAUUAACAGGGAAUCACGUAUUUACAUCAUGGAUAGAUAUUUUUAACGAAGAAUAAUUUGAAAUAAGAAAUAGUAUUAAUAUAUAAAAAAUAUUAAAAGAAGGCGCAAAUAUACAAGCGGAAAUGCUUCCUUCUUCGUAUAAAUAAAACUGAUAUACGAACAGCAAGUGCAUAUAAUGACUAAUGCCAUAAAGAUAAUUCGAAUGGCACAUAUAUCUGUUGAAUGUCAGGGACAAUUAAAGAAAACGUGGUAUCAACUUCCUGUUAGCGUUAUGUAGGCUAAUUAUAUUCGAAAUUUGUCGACAUUGCCCAUCUAACAAACUUGCUUUAUUAUUCUUGUUACUGUGGAGACUUUAUUCUUGAUUUUUUACGAAUCAGUUUUUAAAAUAAGCUUAUAGAGUAUAGAAUUAGUGUAUAACUGUAAUGAAUUUUGAAGCUGUGAUAAACCCAAUGUUAACGUACAGCGGCUGCGGAAUAGGAGUCGCGGAUGCUGAAAAUGGCUCCCCAGCUGGAUCGUUACUGUCCGGCGAGGGAGAGCUUCCGGAAGAAGCCGGCGAUUCUCCAGGUACAUCGAGAGACACCGAAGAAGAAGCGACACUCUCCGAUGAAUUCUAUUCUCACGACACCGACGACGAGGAAGAUCAAAGCAAAAGACGCCGGGAUCGUUCUAGUUCCGUGAGCGAGAUAAAAAAUCUUUCCCUGCUAAAUUAUAAAAUUUCAAAAGAAUACAAACUAGACGGCAUUUCGUCUUCUGGAAGUGGUCAUUUGGGAUCGCCUACGCCUCGUGUAGGUCACUUGGGAGUCAGAAAGUUAUUCACCAACAGUCGCGAACGAUGGAGACAGCAGAAUGUGAGCGGCGCCUUCGCCGAGCUUCGCAAAUUGGUGCCGACGCAUCCGCCGGACAAGAAACUGUCGAAAAAUGAAAUAUUACGAAUGGCAAUAAGAUACAUAAGAUUGCUAAGCAAUGUUCUCGAGUGGCAGAAGGGUCAGGAUCGCAAUGGGAUGCAGCAGCACGACGUGCGCAUCAAAUGCGAAUCGCAUUUGAACAAUCAAAAUUCCGUGGCGUAUCACGCGAAGCCGGCCGUGGCAUUUCUGAAACAGGAGAAGCAGAACGUGUCGGAGAAUUCUCACGUUUUUCGCGUUAAUUAUUCCGCGCAGAGGCAUAACGCGACGUGCGACAAGAACGGCAGUAGUUUGCUGAUGAUUGCAUCGACCGGGCUCAACGUGGCUAUUCCCACCGGAAAACGCUGUGUCACACCUUCCAUCAUUGUUACCCAAGGCAACUUUCAUAGCAACAACAAUGGAAACCUUAUACGUUCUCCAUCGGGCGGACGGUCCUUGAGUUUCCCGAAAUCACCGCAGAUCUCAUCGAACACCAAUGUAAUAUCCAACGGAUCCUCACCGUCUUUGACGAGUCAUGCACCAGUCACGAACGGGGUAGGUUCGAGCGGGUCAAACUGUGCUCAGAAAAGAUUCAAGAUCGAACGAGAAGAUGACGAGCAGACUUCGAGGGACUGCCGAGUCCCGCCACCACCCGCUCACAGUGUACCGGUCAGGAAGAGAGUCAAAGUCGCCUUUGUCAAGGACUCGAAUUCAGGAUUCCGCGGUGAUUUGUGUGGCGCGGAUCGCAAAUGAAAAGCAUUGGAAGAGACGAACACGGAAGAAAGAGAGCAGAGCUACAACAUCUGACCGAAACUAGACGCCAUUACCCGUUGGAGGCUCCGUAACGACUAUCAAUCGCGUCUACGAAUCUCAACUACAAUCCCGAUCAGAGCAUUUCUCGCUUUUGGACAUGGAAAAUGUGUGUGGUCAACCUCGUGGCGAUGGUACGCGGAUCGCUGCAGUCCGUGUGUCUUCGCUGUUCGACGAUGCUCUUUUCGAUGUGCCUCGUGGCGGUCACGUCGGUGCUGUAACUCCUGGAGGAGGGUUGAGAUCGACCGACGCUCUCGGGCUCGAUCCUGGCGUAUCGAUUCUCAGCUGACGUAGUCGUCGUCUCGUCGAUGCUUUCCUGCCGCUCGUCCCUCGACGCUCUCUUGAUGGCCCCGGGUGAUUGCAGCCCCCGCGGCACGUAUCUCGGCAACGGCAUCCAUCUCGUCGUGUCCAAUUUACUGGAGUCGGUGAUCUCGGUGUGCCGUCGAUCUUCCACGCGACGUUCCGUGUAUUUCUUCAAGCAAUCUACAUCUGCACUGCGGCUACGCUGACUGCGCGGUGAUCGAGAUGGUCUUCGUUGUUGCCCAUUGUUCGGGCCAGCCCUUUCCUAAAGUUUUUAGGCGAAUGUAUCGAGAGAAUUAUGUGCUUUGAAGUAAAUGCUUUUUCGUACACAGAACAGAUUUGAACGAUAUUUUCGUGCUAGUUUAAAAUUUGUGAGCUGUCACUUUAUCUAGGAUAGAAAUAAUAGACAAAAAAAUAAUAUUAUGGAAUCUAUAAUAAAAAACUUCGAUCAAUUGUGCAAUUAAAAAACAUGCAUAUAUUUGAUAAAGGUCUUUUGUUUUUUUUUUAAUUUUUAAAGAUGAGUAUCAAAAUCAUGUAUUUUUUUAGCAAAGAAUUUAAAUUAAGUAUACGC